CCUGCGUUCCUUAGCUGUAAUGGCUCCCAUGAAUGGCUCAUUAUUGGCCAAGGAGCUUGUUCAAUUAAAGUGUUACUAAACCCUGGACCCUGCAUUCACUAUAUCUGGUCUCCCCGGACCCUGCAUUCACUAUAUGCGGUCUCCCCGGACCCUGCAUUCACUAUAUGCGGUCCCCCCGGACCCUGCAUUCACUAUAUGCGGUCCCCCCGGACCCUGCAUUCACUAUAUGCGGUCCCCCCGGACCCUGCAUUCACUAUAUGCGGUCCCCCCGGACCCUGCAUUCACUAAAUGCGGUCCCCCCCGGACCCUGCAUUCACUAUAUGCGGUCCCCCCGGACCCUGCAUUCACUAUAUGCGGUCCCCCCGGACCCUGCAUUCACUAUAUGCGGUCCCCCCGGACCCUGCAUUCACUAUAUGCGGUC